AUGGCAAGCCAUAUGCUACUGAAGGAACUGUCUCCCUCUGAGAAAGCUUUUCAGAGACAACGUGACCUAGCAUCUGCUAUUGGCCACGGAUUUCUCAUCUACGACAGCUCAUUCAAAGCAAUCGUCGGCACUUCUCCAAGUCUGGACUGUGUGCUGGAAGACGAUUUUCCAUUUGCCCAUGAAGCUGCUGUAUACCUCCCCAACCAAGACUCGUUAUUUGUCACCAGCAACAGGUGCAAAUCAAACCAGAACGAUGGCGGUUCAAUCAUGAUCCACAAGCUGAGAAGAGAGAAUGCCAGCACCUGGACGAAAGAAAGGAUCGAGACCGACAUAGUCAUGGCCAACGGAGGCAUCAACUACCAAAACGGCAUACUUUUCUGCGAUCAAGGAGAUCAUUCGUCCAAAGGUGGUCUCGUCUCCAUGGAACCCGAUGCCCCUUACAAAGCCCAGAUGCUCGUGAACAGCUAUCAUGGGCGAAGGUUCAACUCUGUCAAUGAUGUCGUGAUCAAGUCGGACGGGUCGAUCUGGUUUACCGACCCGAUUUACGGCUCUGAGCAAGGCUUCUGCCCAAAGCCGCAGUUGCCAAACCAACUUUACCGAUUCGAGCCCGCGACCGGGAGCGUCAGGGCAGUCGCCGACGGUUUCGGACGGCCGAACGGCUUGUGUUUCUCGCCGGACGAACAGACACUCUAUGUUACCGACACAGAUUGGGUUCACGGCGACGGGACCACAGACGAUACCCGCGCCUCUACUAUCUAUGCGUUCGAUGUGAUUCGCCGUUCAGGGGCGGACUUUCUGGCCAAUCGCCGGCUCUUUGCCAUGGCAGACACGCAGAUCCCAGACGGCAUCAAGUGCGAUACAGUCGGCAACGUGUAUUCGGGAUGUGGUGAUGGUCUCAACGUCUGGAAUGCCGGCGGUACCUUGAUCGGCAAGAUUCUAGUACCCGGUGGUGUCGCGAAUUUCUGCUUUGGCCGCAGUGGGGAACUAUUCUUGCUGAACGAAACCAAGUUCUGGGUGGCAAAGAUAGCGCGAUCGGUCCGAGGGGCUCUGUUGGAAGGUAUGGGCAUUGAUUGUGACAAGCCUUGA